GCCGGCGUUUAUAGCCCGCCCGCUGUGGAAGCGGCUGCGGCCGAGGGCGAGCAGUGUCGCGAUGUCGGGGCUGCUCGCUAGUCCCGAGCAGCGGCGCCCAGAGCAGAGCGCGCAGGAGCCGCCGCGCGCUCGCUUCGUGCUGGGGCUGGACGUGGGCAGCUCUGUGAUCCGCUGCCACGUCUAUGACCGGACGGCGCGGGUCUGCGGCUCCAGCGCGCAGAAGGUAGAAAAUCUUUAUCCUCAAAUUGGCUGGGUUGAAAUUGAUCCUGACAUUCUCUGGACUCAAUUUGUUGCUGUAAUAAAAGAUGCUAUCAAAGCUGCAGGAGCACAGAUGAACCAGAUUGUUGGUCUUGGUAUAUCUACACAGAGAGCCACAUUCAUUACGUGGAACAGGAAAACAGGAAAGCAUUUUCACAACUUCAUUAGUUGGCAAGACUUAAGAGCAAUUGAACUUGUAAAAUCCUGGAAUAAUUCUCUUGUAAUGAAGCUCUUGCACACUUCCUGCCGAGUGCUGCACUUUUUUACUAGAAGUAAGCGACUCCUGGCAGCCAGCCGGUUCACUUUCACCACCCAGCAGGCUUCUUUGCGACUAGCCUGGAUUUUACAGAACCUGACUGAGGUGCAGCAGGCAGUUGAAGAAGAAAAUUGUUGCUUUGGAACUAUUGAUACCUGGUUAUUAUACAAGCUCACAAAAGGUUCUCAAUAUGCCACCGAUUUUUCAAAUGCCAGUACAACCGGACUUUUUGAUCCAUAUGAGAUGUGUUGGAGCAGGCUCAUUACCUCCAUGAUUUCCGUACCGCUCGCUCUCCUGCCUCCCGUGAAGGACACAAGCCACAAUUUUGGAUCAGUGGAUGAAGAGAUAUUUGGUGUGCCUAUACCAAUAGUUGCCUUGGUCGGCGACCAGCAAUCGGCCAUGUUUGGAGAGUGCUGCUUCCAGACAGGAGAUGUGAAAUUAACCAUGGGAACUGGAACUUUUUUGGAUAUUAAUACUGGAAAUGACCCUCAACAUACUGUUGGAGGCUUUUAUCCAUUGAUCGGGUGGAAGAUUGGGCAAGAAGUUGUGUGCUUAGCUGAAGGCAAUGCAGGAGACACUGGAAGUGCCAUAAAAUGGGCUCAGCAAUUAGAUCUUUUCACAGAUGCUGCUGAGACUGAGAAAAUGGCCAAAAGUUUGGAAGAUUCUGAAGGAGUUUAUUUUGUUCCAUCUUUUAGUGGAUUACAGGCUCCAUUAAAUGACCCCUGUGCAUGUGCUUCUUUUAUGGGUUUGAAGCCUUCUACCAAUAAACACCAUCUCGUUCGAGCAAUACUGGAGUCAAUAGCUUUCAGAAACAAACAAUUAUAUGAGAUGAUGCAGAAAGAGAUCCAUAUUCCUGUUACAAACAUCCGGGCAGAUGGAGGAGUUUGUAAGAAUGGUUUUGUUAUGCAGAUGACUUCAGACCUGAUUAAUGAGAAUAUAGACAGACCAGCCCACUUUGACAUGUCCUGCCUGGGUGCUGCUUCUCUUGCUGGCCUUGCUGUUGGGUUUUGGACUGACAAGGAGGAAUUAAAGAAACUGAGGCAAAGUGAAAUGGUUUUCAAGCCACAGAAGAAAUGUCAAGAAUAUGAAAUGAGUAUGGAAAACUGGGUCAAAGCUGUGAAACGCUCCAUGAAUUGGUAUAACAAGACCUAACACUCAGUGAAACAAUCAAGACCGCAGCCAGCUCGGGGGCACCACCUGCAGAUUUCAGUGCUCAGGGAGGACCAGUACCACAGGGACCGCAGAGAAGAUUCAGAAUGAGCUUCGCAAACUGGGACAAAAAGUGUUGCUCUUUAAAAAAGAAAACAAAAAACAAAAAACACUUACUUUUUUUAUCUUGGUAAAAUUCUAAGGCAGCAAUACCUCAAACCUCGUCUUCAGUUUUCUAGCAAAUUCCACAGGACAUUAGCCAUUUCAACUGUAUUGUGACAGUUAUGGGCCCUUCUCUUUUUUAUACUGGGUCAGUGGUACAUGGAAUAUAAUUGUUUUGCAUCCAAAAACUAAUAAUUCUGGUUCAAGCACCAUUCAUAUUUUGCUCCAAAAUUAUUGGAAAAGUAUUUCUUUAAUUAUUUACAAUUAAGUGGACUGAAUCGGGCAUAGUGGGGCACACUUGUAAUCCUAUCUACUUGGGAAGGCAGGAGGAUCACAAGUUCAAGGCCAGCCUUGGCAAUUUAGAGAGACCCUCUCUCAAAAUAAAAAAAAAUAAAAAGGACUGGGGAUGUAUCUCAGCGGUAGAGCACUCCUGGGUUCAAUCCCCAGUUCCAACAAAAAGAAAGAAAAAGGAAAUUAAGUGGGCUGUUUGAAAUCCAUAAAACUAAAAAGAAAGAGUAACUGAGAAAAUGUAGAAUUUUGAAACAAUAAUAUUUCAUGUGUAAAGCCAUACAUAAUUUUUCAAUGUCAUAUCCAAAUGUGAGAUCAAUGUGUCCUUCUCAGAAAAGCUUACUGUUAAGUCAGUCUUUACUGGGUGAAAGACACUGCCUUACUUUUUCCUUGUCCAUCCAAAAUCUGAGCAUUCUUUAUAUGUUGCAAGGCACAUAUAAAUAAUUUUUGUUAAUGGACUGAAAAAGGAAAUUGACUCUUAAGGAACAGAAAAUUAUCUUUUGGUUUCUUUCUCAAAUAACAUUUCUUUCAUAAACUUCUGGCUAAAGUGUGACAUUCUAUUUUUUUUUUUUUUUUUUUUUUUUUUUUUACAAAAUGCAGGUAGUUGAAAUAAAUCUUGCCUUUCUUCUCCUGUUCUUUAUCUCUCUUAGUUGUCGAGAUGCUUACAUAAAUAUCUUUGUGGGGGACUGGGUUGUGACUCAGUGGCAGAGCACUUGUCUAGCAUGUGUCAGGCACUGGGUUUGAUUCUCAGCACCACAUAUAAAUAAAUAAAUAAAAUAAAGGUCCAUAGACAACUAAAAAAUUUUUUAAAAAAAUAUCUUUUGGUUUUAUUAAGUGCCUAAAUUGAUAAGAGUUUAAUUUGAAAAAGUGCCCUAGCUUAUUGGUAACUUAAGAAUUGCCUUCCUGGCAGUAUUUUACUUGGUGUCUCAUUUUGAUGUUUGUCCAGUCUCCUUAUCUCUCUGAGCUAUAAGCAGUGGCUAUCUAAUAGAAGUGAUGCGAGUGCAUUCACAGUAAUGAUGGCCCUAUGGCCACCAAGCCAGAAAUCCACAGAGAGGAGCAGGGAUUGUCCCACUAUCUGACUUCAUUGCUAGAAUCAAUGUAAAGGAGAAACCUCAGGCUGGGUAUAAAAUUGUGCUAAGGCAAUGGUCCAGCCCCCAACCUGUUUCCAUGUUAUUUGUCCCUGCCUGCAUUAGGGGAUUUGAAUUUGCAUGAAUGAGUUUCCCUUUUUAUUAAGAUUAAUCAUAAAAAAAUUCCUACAUUGUAGAACUAGCUAUUGUGUAAUAAUGAAACUAGAGGAGGAGCUGUUCAGGGAAUCUUCUUAUGAUGUCAUUUAUGUCCAUUUGAGAAUACAGUUGAUAGACUAACUGUUAAAGUGCAAUUCUGCAGAUUCCAUUUCCGUGACCUUCAAGUGUCUUCUUCAAUUACUAAAUUUUAUUUGAUGGAGGCAUUGUAGCAAAUACAUAGUAUCAUUAGCUCUAUUAAAGAUUUGGAGAUAGGGGAUAGGGGUGUACCUCAGUUGGUAGAGUGUGUGCCUCGCAUGCACAAGGCCCUGAGUUCAAUCCCUAGCACCAAAAAAAAAAAAAAAAAAAAAAAAAAUUGGAGAUAUUUUUGUUAAACAAAGUCACGUUUACUGUAACAAGUCACGUCUCUUUGUAUAGAUGAUAUUUUUUCGUUCUUUUUACUCUUUUUUACAAAGCUUAGUGGCCAAUUAAAGGCUUCUCUACCAAAAUUACAUGAAAGCAGCUCUGUUGUGUUAAUAUUUCUCUUGGCUUCUGCUUCUCGAUGGUGUGAUUUCACAGGAAAUGAUUCUGUCUUUUGGAUUAGGAUGAACUGAAUUGUAAUGCUACCCCUAAAAAUUUUUUGGUUCAUUUCUUCUCCCCAUUCUUCUUUCUCAACAUUCAAUUACAAAACAAAGGAGAAAUGCCUUUUAGAUAAUAUAGAAAAAUAACUUUGAAUAUCUCUCAUUAGAAUUGAGCUGCUUCUCAAAGAUCAAUGGCUAAUUUUUUUUCUUCUGAGAAUCUAGAAGCUAAUCUUUUUUUCUUCUGUUUCUGGCCGUUUUUAGUGACACAGUUUAGACACAGUUUAAUAAAUCUUUUGUCAGAUUUUAACCAAUCUGACAAAAGGUGACUUUUUCUUUCGUGAUUAUAAAGACAAUUGAUAAUCAAAGUCAGUUGAGUGGGAAAAAAAAUCAUUCUUUCCAUCUGUCAAAUUUAUUUGCCAUUUUUAUGCUAAUAUUUGAAAAAAAUAUAAAUGUGCUAAUGUUCCUCAGCAUAUUUUAUUUUCUCAUUAUGGAUCUAUCAGAUGAUUUUAGUUCUUAAGCAGUCUCAAUAAGGAGGAGAGUGUUCCUGUAUAGUUCAUUUUAAAGUGGUUCUAACUGCUUUUAUACUACAGACUUACUGGUUUUUAAAUCUUUUGUUUCCACCCAUGACCUGGGCUCUUAAUCUCAAUGUUAGCAUUUGGGACUGGAUAGUUCUUGUUUUGGGGUGUGGUGCCAUGCAUCAGAGGAGUAUCCCCAGCCUCCGCCCUGUGGCUUCCAGCAACCUCCUCCUAGCUAUGGCCAAAAAAUGUCUCCAAACUCUGCCACUGUGGGAGACAAAAUCACUCCAGUUGAAAACCACCACCAUGGGCUGUGAGGAGAAAAUUGAAGACUCAGAACAGAGUAUCAUACUCCUGUUCUGCCUCUUUUUAUUGUAGGAAAUGAAUUUGGCAAAAAAAGAGGUAGUAGUUUCUUAAAACAAAUAGGGUUUGUAUGUUGCUGGUUAAUGAGGCGGGGAACCCUCAUGAUAUA